AAAACCUCUCUGCUGCUUGACUGCUUCCCUUCCUAUCCGCCGUCUCCUCCUCCUCCUCCUCCUCCUCUUCCUCCUCCUUCGCUGCCAUGGAGUUGUUCGACCACGCUAAGGCCGUGCGCCUCCGUAGCUACCACGGGAAGUACCUCAAGGCCGACGAGGACGAGGAGCACGUCACGCAGAGCCGCAACGGUUCCGCUCCCGGCGCCCGCUGGGAGGUCGAGUUCCUACCCGACUGCCCCACCUUUCGCCUCCGCAGCUGCCACGGCCGAUACCUAGCCGCUUCCGCCGAACACUUCCUCCUCGGCUUCACCGGCAAGAAGGUCGUCCAGCUCCAAUUAUUCCCCUCCCUCGACCCUAACCCUCCUUGCCUUAAAUGGGAGCCCAUCCGAGAGGGCUUCCAGGUCAAGCUCAAGAGCCACACCGGUAAGUUCCUCCGCGCCAACGGCAGCCUCCCGCCCUGGCGCAACUCUGUCACGCACGACCUCCCCCAACACACCGCCACCCAGGAUUGGGUCCUCUGGGACGUUGACGUCGUCGAGAUCCAAUCUUCCUCCGCCCCCGCCCGUGCGCCGGCUGUCUCCAUAAAGCGGCCCCCGUCUCCGCCCUCUUCCCCUCCCCGUCCUUUUGCCGAAGACUUUUCUUCACCUUCUGGGCCUUCUGAUCCGGAUGAGCUUCGCGAAGUCUCCUCAUCAUCGACCUCUUCUUCCAUGGCCGACUCUUCUCCUCGCGCCAACGCCAUUCACUCUCCACCAUCGUCUACCUCACAGAGAUCUCCUUCUCUUGCUGCUCCAGCUCCUGUCCCAGCACCUUCACUUGGUCGGACCAUCUACUACUCUGUAGCGGAUGACCGUGGCAAUGUGGAUGACCAUGAGGAAUGGCCUUCAUUGACUUUUGUGGGAACAAGUGUACCCGAGUUGACUUUACUGUUGAAGAAGUUGACGAUGAUCGACGAUAUAAUUGUGUGCACUCGCCACCCACUAAAACACAACCUCAGUCCUAUUUAUUUACACCUGCCACCAAACAAUAGAGCAAUGCGGCUUGUCGUGGUGGAUGCUGAUUCUAGUUUUGGUAGGAGCUUCGAUAUCUGAAAGAAUCGCUGGUAGAUUUGGGGACUAUUCUUGCCUUUUCAUUCUUUCCAAAAUGUGCCAUUUUUUCUUCAAUAACUUCCACAGAGCUACAGAAAACUGGAAAAGUCUGCUCAUACCAUUAGCUUCAUCUACGAUUCCAUUGACAUCUAAGGAAGGAAGAAAGAAUAGUUAGAAAUUGUGUUACAUUUUAGCUAUGUAUAUGGUUUUGAAAAGAAUAUAUCUGUAUACAUGUGUGAUAUAUUUUGUAUAUUAUGCUGGACGUCUAGAUACUAGCAUAUGGUGGAUAGAAAUAGGAAAAGUUGCACUUUGUACCAAGUAAAUUUUCUGAGUUUAUUUGAUUUUGUGUUCCGAAA